CCCAGUCAGUUCAGAAAUCCGACCAUGCCCUUAGGCUUGCAUGGAGUGGCUGCAGACCACGGAAGCGGGGCAUCGAGCCAUGCCAGCUCUGUUUUUCUCAGGAUAGAUGAGCGCAUGCGGCUUCUGUGCCGCAUUGAACGGCUUGAUAUCCGGGUCCAGGAUUGAUCUCGUGUGGUUGUGAGCCUCUGGGCUCCGUCCUGAUGCAACAAUGCCUGGCCCCCACUUGCAGCAGAGGAGACGAAUUACGUUCUCUGCCUGGGUUGCGGAGGCGAUCCUUCCGGGCUUUUCCUGGCCCUGAUCUCGAUGAGUUAUCGUGUGGCCUUUGUGGUCUUGGGAGUCCUCGUCGGAUUCAUCAGACUCGGACUCGCCAUUGAAGCGCUCAUAGAAUUUGAACUUGGUCAGGAGCUCCGGAACAGACACGUUGGUGUCGAUGAUGUCAAUGUCUACAUGCACGUUGAAGUUUUUGCGUGCUUCAACGUGGCUGGGUCGAGUCUGCCGAGAGUUGCCUUGAAGGUGAAGAUGCGGUGAUGGUGGCCGACGAUUUGGAUCGUUUCA